GCCUGAGGGGACCCGGGCAGUGGGAGAGCGGCGCGGGGGUGGGGAAGCGGCCCCGGUAAGCCUAGGCGUGCGGAGCGCCCACGGGCUCCCCCUCAGGGACGCGCUCCCCGCCCCUCGGCGCCUCCCGAAAAGGGGCGUGUGGGUUGUCCGUCUGUCCGAGCGUGUGUGUGAGCCUCAGGCCGGGCGCUGCCCGGGCCGGGGCCGCAGCCCGAGCCCCUCGGAGCUCCCGCGGCGCGGACGCCCCAUGUUCACGGAGCUGAGGUCCAAGCUGAGCCCUCCGAGAGGCCGCGCCGGGGCGGUGAGGACGAGCUUGGGAGAGCGCAGAGAUGUGGACGAGAUGGGUGACCCAUACGGAGGAAACCGAAGGCUUGCAGGACCAAGUAAGGGUGGUUUGGGGAAGGAUGGAGAGAGGAUAGAAAGCCAGCUCCCUGCUCCUCACGAGCCUCCUAAACUUGGAAAUUCUACCAGUGACAAGAUGGAGGGUAGGAAGAAAGGAAGGCCAAAGGUCGAGAACCAGGCACUGAGAGACAUUCCUCUCUCCUUGAUGAACCAAUGGAAGGAUGAAUUCAAAGCCCACUCCCGGGUGAAGUGUCCAAAUUCAGGAUGCUGGCUGGAAUUCCCAAGUAUUUAUGGACUCAAGUACCAUUAUCAGCGUUGCCAGGGGGGUGCCAUUUCUGAGAAGUUGACAUACCCAUGCCCCUACUGUGAAGCUGCCUUCACUUCCAAGACUCAGCUAGAGAAGCACAGACUAUGGAAUCACAUGGACCAGCCUGUUCCACCUAGCAGGCCUUUCCCCCUGCCUAAAACUGCACCCCCUGGGAAGACAGUACAGACCAACAAGCCGAUCCCAGUCACUAAGACAGUCUCAAUCAGUAAACCAAUCCCAGUCAGCAAACCAGUCCCAGUCAGCAAACCAGUUCCAGUUACUAAGCCAGUUCCGGUCACUAAGCCGGUCCCAGUCACUAAGCCGGUCCCAGUCACUAAGCCGGUCCCGGUCACUAAGCCAGUCCCGGUUACUAAGCCGGUCCCAGUCACUAAGCCGGUCCCGGUCACUAAGCCAGUCCCUGUCACUAAGCCGGUCCCGGUCGCUAAACCGAUCCCAGUUACCAAAUCAGUCCCAAUCAACAAGCUGGUCCAAGUCAGCAAAACGGUCUCACUCAGCAAACCUGUUCCAGCCAGCAAACCCAUUCCGGUCAGCAAACCAAUCCCAGUCACCAAGGUGACCCCACUCAGCAAAUCUAUCCCAGUUACCAAGCCUGUCCCAGUCACUAAGUUGGUCCCAGUCAGCAAAUCCAUCCUGCCUAGCAAGCCAGUUACAGUAAGCAAACCUAUCUUACCCAGUAAGCCCUUCCCACCUACUAAGCCCAUCCAAAUCAACAAGCCCUUCCCAUCUAGCAAACCUGUCCUUGUCAGCAAACCUAUCCCAGUCAGCAAAACGGCAUCACCCAGCAAAGUGUUGCCAAUGAACAAGCCGGAGAGCAAAGUGCAAAGAUCUGUGGGAAGGAGCAGUGGUAAGAAAAGGGCUGCUGAGGGCUUGGACACCUGCCCUGUCCAUCCAAAACAGGCAAAGUUGGAGAAAGAAGGGGAUCUUCACCCGGAGAAUGGAGAGUGUGCCCUAGACACAUGUGAGAGUAAGGAUUUGCAUAUGACUGCAGCGGAGGCUGUUGUUUCACCUGCUACCAAGGCUACAGGCAGCAAAGAGGCCACAGGCCCAGUAUCACCCCCAGAAGAGGAUCCUGAGCGUUCCAAGCACAGAAGGAAACAAAAAACGCCUAAGAAGUUCACUGGGGAGCAGCCAUCGAUCUCAGGGACCUUUGGUCUUAAAGGCCUUGCCAAGGCAGAGGACAAGGCCAAGGCCCACCGUGCAAAGAAGUUGGAAGCCAGCAGCAGUGCUGAGGAGGGGAGGAAAAAGGUCUUGGCAGCUAAUGUGAAGAAAGAGGUGGUACCUAUACCCACAGCUCACCUGAGCACAGGAAGCCCUGAGGAGCAAUGGCAAAGAAUCCUCCAUGAGAAGGGUGAGGUUGUCUGUCCCACCUGUGGAGUCAUCACCAGGAAAACCAUUGUAGGCCUCAAAAAGCACAUGGAUGUUUGCCAGAAGCUGCAGGAUGCUCUCAAGUGUCAGCACUGCAAGAAACAAUUCAAGUCAAAGGCAGGGCUCAACUACCAUACCAUGGCGGAGCACAGCAGCAAGCCUCAGCCCCUGACAGAUAUGGAGCCUACAGAGUUGGAUGAACAAGAGGAACGGGAACGUUUGAGGAAGGUUCUGAAGCAGAUGGGGAAACUCAAGUGUCCCAAUGAGGGAUGUGCAGCUGCCUUCUCUAGUCUCAUGGGGUACCAGUAUCACCAGAGACGCUGUGGGAAGCAGCCAUGUGACCUGGACAGUCCCGUGUUCACCUGUCCUCACUGUGGUAAGACCUACAAAUCCAAGGCUGGCCAUGACUAUCACCUCCGCUCAGAGCAUCCUACCCCGCCUCCUGAAGAGCCUGCAGGAAAACCUCCUGAACCAGAUGUUGAGAUGGACAUGGAACGGACACCAAGUGGACGGAUCCGCCGGACAUCUGCCCAGGUAGCAGUGUUUCACCUCCAGGAGAUUGCAGAGGAUGAGCUAGCUCGGGACUGGACCAAGCGGCGAAUGAAGGAUGAUCUUGUGCCUGAAACCAAGAGGCUUAAUUACACUCGGCCAGGACUCCCAACACUGAAUCCCCAGCUGCUGGAGACGUGGAAGAACGAAGUGAAGGAGAGAGGUCAUGUCAACUGUCCUAAUAAUUGCUGUGAAGCCAUCUAUUCCAGUGUGUCUGGGCUGAAAGCCCACCUGGCCAAUUGCACCAAGGGAGACCACUUGGUGGGGAAGUAUCGAUGCCUCCUGUGUCAGAAGGAGUUCAGCUCUGAGAGCGGUGUUAAAUACCACAUCAUCAAGACACAUUCAGAGAACUGGUUCCGUACCUCAGCAGACUCCCCACCCAAACCCAAGAGCAGAGAGCAGCUCUCUGCCAAGGAGAAGAAGAAAAGCACAUCAAGUGGAAAGAAGCGAGGCCGAAAACCCAAGGAACGGCCCUCUGAGGGCCCCCCCACAAAGACUUCCCCCAAGCCCCAGGACGAUUGGCCCUUGGGUGGUCGAGACAAGGGGAACCGAAUGGUGCCCAGCCGGAAAUCGGGAGCCAGUAAGGUGCCUGAGAAGUGAGCAGAGGCUGGGGCUGGGGAGAGGGUGGGGAUUGGGGAGGCCAGGCUGCUUCUCAGACUGUCUGGGGACUGAGUUUACAGGCCAGGGAGAGGAGAAGGGAGGGGAGGAGGGAGCUGGCUCCGAUCUCCCAUCCCUCGUCCUUUGGCUUUCCUAUCCUUCUCCCUAUCUCCCUGGCCAUUCCUUUGGAAGGAAGAAGAAAACCACUCCCAGGGACCUGCUUCUUAGCCUUGUUUAACUGAGAGAGGCUGUGGCAGCCCAUCUAAGGAUUUGUCAGUUAGUCCAUCCACAUGCAUUGUCAUGUCAUACACACGCUUGCCUGGGUUGCAGUGUGCUCAGGUUGGGAAAGGGGCCAGUUGGUGUGCACAGGUAAACACACACACACACACACACACACACACACACACACGGGUUGCAGUGUGCUCAGGUUGAGGAGGGGACCAGUUGAUGUUCAAAGGGAGAAGAAAGUGCAAUAGGGGUGGGGCUGGGGAGGUUCCUUAGGAGGAGUAGCAAGGCUUCCUACGAGAAGAAUGGGGACUGAUAGGAUACUUGGUCUGGAGGCCUCUUAGGCUACUGGGCACUGGGGGUAUAGGAAAUGGAGUGAGAGAGAUUCGUGUCUAGAUAAUCUCUCAGAGCCAAGACUUUGGAUGCUUGGAAAUUGUUUAAGAGUGAUCUUGAGUGGAGGCCCCAGGAAAACCUCCCUCUUCUUCCCACAUUGCCAGGGAUAAACUGACUUUGGGGUACUUUGGAAAAAAAGCUAAAGGUCCAGAACUUCUUUCUGGAGGGACAGGACUAUACUGGGGAGGGAAAGGGAAGACUACGUAGGUUCUCAGGUCUUCUGGGGGUAGGGGACAGAUUUUGCUUUAGUUGAAGGAAUGAUUGGGUCUGGACUUUCUUGUACCUACUAGCUCUACAUUAACAUUUCUGAUUUCUUAGCCUUUGGAUAGGAGAAGUGCUGGUCCUGUUCUCAGGAGAUCUCACUUUUUGUGCUCUCAUGGCAUUGUGUUUCUGAAAAGGAUUGCUUGUAGUUUCUUGGGAAGAAUUAGGCAAGAGUGACCUAAGACCCAAUCUAUGUCUAUAGCUUCUCUUCCUCUCAGCACUGUAAGCCUGAACCCUCUGUAGCCACUUUGUUGGACAGAACUCAUAUAUUCUUGGCGGUCCCUUUGUAUUUCUUCAACCCUUCUCUUCUCUUUUUCCUCCCUUCUAUAUCUGUCUACUUAACCUCCACCAGAGAGUAUAGGGAGAGUAAGAACUGAAGGGCUGACCGAUAUUGUGAUGAGGUGGAAGGGCAGAUAUAGAGACCCUUAAAAACACUUUCUGAUAUUCCUUUCCCUUGGGAGCUGUGCUCUUAGGUGACUUGCCCAUCUAUCAUUCUUUAUCUCUGAGUGUUGACUUCUCUGGUUCCUUGGCGGAGUUAAGGGAAGAUUGCCAGAAAAUAGGGAAGGUAAAUGUCAUUCAAUUUCUGUAGCUCUGGUACUCUGUAUUCCAGAGUUCCAUAUCCCCUCUGUUGAAAGAUGUAUGUUCUGUAUGUGACAAUUACACACAGAACUGGUGAUAGUGAGAGAUAGAACAUAGUUGUGCAAGGCCCCCUUGCUCUCUCUGCACUUGACCUUUACUAGUUUUCUCCAGUCAUAGUAUCAUAGGAUUUAGAACUGUAAGGGAGUCUUUGAGAUCAUCUUGUCCAGCUCUCUCAUUUUGACAGAUGAGAAACUGAGGCCCAGAGAAAUGAAGUGAGUUUGUCAGAUUCCAAACCUGACUCCAUAUAUGAAGUUUCCCCCCCUCCAUCCCUCCUCCCCUCACUGCACCACAGUGCCCAACCUGGCUACUGCCUCAGAAACUAGAAAGUAGAGUUAAUGUUAAUGACAGCUCUAGGGAUGCAGAUGAUAGGAAGGGCCCACAGCUCCUGAUAGGCUCUUCCUUGUAGAAUGACCUACUGGUUCUAGACUCUGUAGGUUGGAAUGAGAUAAUAUGUGGCACCUGCUUUGUGGAUGGUGGAGAGUGAAUGUCCUCUAGAUGGGAGUGCUUAGCACCAGUGAGGCGUUUAGUAAAUUCUUAUUUCUUGAAAGCAAUGGGAGAUAGACUUUCCUCCAGGAAUCGCCCCCAACACAUCCUCCCCAGUAAGUUCUUAGCAUCCAUUGUAACCUUGCCUUUGAGCAUUUCCUCAGCUCCCAGCCAACUGACUGAUUCCCGAAUCUCCUUUGGGAUCUUUUAUCUUCAGUUUUAAUGGCAGAAAGAACUAGAUAGAGGAUUGGAGGCAGCAAGGAAGGAUCGAAUGUGGGUUUUUGGGAAGUUGGAAGGAAUUCUAAUCUCAUAUUGUAGCUUUAGAACUGGAAGUGACAUUAGAGGUCAUUUUGUUCACUCCCUCAUUUUACAUUUAAAAAAUAGAGGCCCCAAGAAACUAAGGUCCUCAAGGAGGAAGAGUUGACCUUUGAACCCAAUUGCUCUGACAAAUCCAGCACUUUUUUCAUCACAUUACAGGGUUAUGAUGGAGAUUGGUCAAGGCAAGGUGGAAUCCACAAGGAAGUGGUAGCUUUGGACUAGCACAUUUAAAGAAGUCAAGCUUGACUUUUCUCCCUCUUCUUCCCACAAAUAUAGUGUGACCUCAUGUAGGAAAAGUCACCUGAAAUGAGGAGCCAGUCAGAAUGAAAAAGGGGAGUCAGUCUAGUACACACACAGAAGCUUACACUGCCUUCCCAAAACAAAUUGUUUUUGGAUUAUUUGCUGUUAUGGAUUAUCUGUGCCACCAGUCCCCUCCAUUAAUGCAGAUAAUAGACAUAAUUAUGACCUAGUUUAUCACUGGGUCUUCCCUCUAAUACCCUAUCCCCUUCCCUCCCUGGAAGAGAAGAAAGCCCCUUUAAGUUGAGGGAGGUUUGGAUGUAGCUAAAGACAUAAAGGAGCUGCUGUAAGUGGGCUGGUUGGGGAAGGGAUCUCUGUUACCCCAGGUGUCCCCAAGGAUCCAUUUGUAGGAGCUACAAUCCAUGAUGUGAAUUUUUAUAUUUGCCCAGUGUGUGUCUCCUAGAUAUUGUGAGAAAGCCAGUUGUCUUCACAAGUAACAAAUAAUUUUAUAUCCUUUUUAUACUAUAAAUUGUCUAAUCUUUGACACUUUGGUGCUAAGGGUUUCCUGGUACCGACUGUACUUUGGGGGAGCCAGUGCUUCCCUGAGCCUCAGACGUUGACAUUUUGGAUCACAAUGGCAGGUCCAGGACCACUUUCCCCUACUCCCUCCAGCUACUGAAACUCAGUCAGGGGCCUGAGGAUUUAGUGACUCAGGCCAUGGCUUCAUCUCUCCAACCCCCAAAAAGAGCCUUCAGGGCAGGGCCCACCCAGCACAGGUCCAUGGGGGAGGUGGACAUAGUCAGGAUAGUUUCCUGCCCAUAGACCCUCAUGGUGAGGCUGGGCUCAGGGAUACACCUCACAAAGAUAAUUUCCCCUCUGAGCCUUCUUACCCCUUAUUUGACUCAAUUGCCUCAGAGUAGUGUGUGACCAAGACUGAGAUUGAUGCUAUCCUCAGGGGGCAAGGACAAAAGGAGAGAUGGGAACCUUGGCUUAGGGCUGGGACAUGUCAUUGCUUUUCCUGUCCUAGGCUAGGGCUUUAGGGUCAGGUAUAUUAGAGGGGCUGAUCCUAUAUGGUGGUGGUCUUAGAGGAAUUGGGCCGUUUCCUCUGCUUUACCUUGGAAUGAGAGGGGACAUACUGAUCCCUUCUAUCAGGAGGUCUCCAGUUGAAGGGAGACACAGGAAUUGAUUUAAAGAUACAAACAAGAGGAAAUUAAUAGAAGAGAAAAGCCAAAGUCCUGAGGGGAAGCAGAGAAAAUUUAGAAUGGAGAGAUUAAACAAAAAACAAACAAAAAAAAACCUAGCCUUGAGCUAUUUGAAGUAUCAGAAGUAUAUUGCUUAGAAGAUCAAAAAAAGGCUAGUGGCAGAGAAGAGAUGGUAUGUGCCACGUUGCUUAAACACACCAUUUCUUCUACUCUCAAGCCAUCUUCUCUUACCCUUUAAUUAUUUCCUCCCAAUCCUGGGGCUCCGGGGAAUAGAAGUUUAUUGGGUUCAGAGGUGUACGUGGAGAGGGUGGUGGAGGUAGUUGUCAUGGAUACAAAAGAAGAGGUCUCUGCCCUCAGUCCUUGAGCUAAUUUUUGGGAGACCAGGUGGUCAUGGUUCCUCACUAAGGAAUCCCUGGGGGUGGAGGGUUGAACUGCAGAGCAAGACGGGUCCCUAUUAACUUGGAUUUUAGCACUUUACUCCCUCCUGGGUAAAUUGGGUAUAUGGUUCCACUGGUUUUGGUAAGGAUGGGCAGGUCUGGGUCACAUCUAGAAUCACUGCAAGCAGUUGAGGGCUCGAGUGUUGCAGCCACUGCCCUCCACCUUUCACCCCUACCCGUGAUUUUCCCCUGCUUCCCCAUCUGCCCCCAGAAGGGGGAGCGCCGGCAUCGAGUUCCGGACUUAGGAUGUCCCUAUCCCCAAAACACACACACAGUCUCUCGCUGCCGCUGACAUAUUCAAGGCCACCUUCUCCAGAUCUACCUCUGACCUUGCUGGGGCACCCAAAUCCAGCCCUCAGUAGUAGGGGAUGGGUGUGUGUGUAUGCAGAGAGGAGGGCCAGCGCUUGCACAGGGAGAUCGGGUAAAGGGUGGGCAGAGCUUGGGUGUGAUAGAGGAGUGGACAGAAUUUCAAGGUAAAAAAGAAAAGGAUGCACUUUAUUUGCACGUGCAGAGGCGAUGGGGGCGGGCAAUACUUAUGCCUCGACCUUCCACGAGGGCUCCGAAAUCUGCCCUUUCACAGAUUCCUCACUUUCCCCAAAAAGCCUCUGACCCUUGCUGUCGGGAUCAUUUUGGGACUGGGGAGGGCUAGACUUGAAAGAGGUCUUGCUUUACCCCUCUCCACCCUACCACCGCUGAUUCAGACUCUCCUGUUGGAGCAGGUCCAGAGACAAUCCCUGGACUUGCCCGCCUGUCCCAGCCCAUCAGAGCAUCCUCUCCCUUUGGGCUUCAUUUGGUUUUUAUGCCCAUUCUUAGACAUAAGUGCAUUUUGGAAAAAAAGUUUCAAUUUAUCCCUUGUAACCACAUAUAUACAUAUAUAUUAUAUCUACAAAGUGUUUAUUUGCGAGAGGCGUUUUAACGGCAACCUACCCGAGGCUGAGCGCCCCCUUCCCCCCCCCCCCCAAGUGUGAUGAUCUGUGCCCUCCUUAAUCAUCUGCGAGCACGGGGUGAAAGUUGGUAAGGGCCCCGAGCUGGAGGGUACAGUGCUGUAAAGCCCGGGGUCAGCGAGGACCGGGCUAGAAGCCGAUUCCUGUAUGUAUGAAAACGACCGUAUCAGAUAAAUGUUUAUUGAUUCUUUUUCAUGACUUGGGUGCGAGUGAGUUUGUUGUGCAGAUAGGGGGAGGGUCACAAGUGGGCAUCAAGACACGCACACCUUCUUGACCAACUGGGACUGAGGAAGACUGGUUCCAGAGACUGAAGCACCUCCUCUGGAGAUGUGAGUUUGAGAAGGGGAAGGAGGUCCAAUGCAACUUCCAGAAUGGUACCCCAGCACUUAACUUGGCUUCCCAUUCCCGAGGACCCAGAAUUCUCUAGGAAAACAAAAUUAUUAUAGACAAAUAAAUCCUGCCCUCAAGGACCUUACUAUGAGGGGCUGUCUCAGA